AUGGCUCAGCGGUGCUUCCAAGAUGAAUAUUUUGACAGUUUGUUGCAUGCUUGCAAACCUUGUCACCUCCGAUGUUCUAAUACCCCUCCUGUAACAUGUCAGCGUUACUGUAAUGCAAGUAUGACCAAUUCAGUGAAAGGAACAAAUGCGAUUCUCUGGACCUGUUUGGGCCUGAGCUUGAUGGUUUCUUUGGCAGUUUUUGUGCUAAUGUUCCUGCUGAGGAAGAUGAGCUCUGAACCAUUAAAGGACAAAUUUAAAAAUGCAGGAUCGGUACUCCUGGACGUGGCUAAUGCUGACCUGGACAAUAGCAGGACUGGUGAUGAAAUGAUCCUUCCAACAGGGCUGGGGUACACAGUAGAAGAAUGUACCUGUGAAGACUGUGUCAAGAGCAAACUAAAGGUCGAUUCUGACCACUUCUUUCCACUCCCAGCCAUGGAAGAAGGUGCCACCAUUCUUGUCACCACGAAAACAAAUGAUUAUUGCAAGAGCCUGCCAACUGCCUUGAGUGUUACUGGGAUAGAGACAUCAAUUUCUAAAAAUAAUUAA